CAAUGAGCCAUUGAUCGUGGAGCGGGGCAUCCAAUUCGGUGCAUCGAUCACUGACCCAUGUGACGUCCAUUGAUUGAGGCCGCCGGAAGCCACCGCCAGCGCCGACACCACGCCCGAACAAGACGACACCAUCCUUGGCUUCUUUGAUUGACGACGGCCACACCACCACCAACCAGCCAGCUAUUCGGUCUGGCACCCAUCGACAGCUCCCGCCCUUGCCGCUCUGCAUCGAAUCCACCCCAUCCGACCCGUCCCAACGACCCCCGCACCGCCCAAAACGACGAAGAGCGGUCGAGCCAUCCCGACCGCCGCUUGAAGCAACCACCCCCAGACCACCUCCAGACCAACCCCAUCCAGCCACCACCAUGAAGCUGCACUACAUCGGGAUCUUCCGCAACGAGACCAAGCCGGCGCACGAGAUCGUCGCCGAAAAGGAGCUGAGCUCGUACUCGCGCUUCACUCGCUCCAACUAUGGCGAAUUCAUGACCUUUACCUCCAAGACGGUUGCCGAGCGGACCAAGCCUGGACAACGGCAAGACGUCGAGGAAAAUGAGUACACGUUCCACGCCUACGGGCGCACCGAGGGCGUCUGCGGCAUCAUCAUCUCGGACCACGCGUACCCGGCGCUCGUGGCGCACCAGCUGCUGUCCAAGGUGGUGGACGAGUUCCUGACGAAGCACCCGCGCUCCUCCUGGGCCACGGGCGACGUGACGCUGCCCUUCCCCGAGCUGCAGGAGUACAUCAUCAAGUACCAGGACCCCCACGAGGCCGACAGCAUCCUCAAGAUCCAGAAGGAGCUCGACGAGACCAAGAUCGUGCUGCACAAGACCAUCGAGUCGGUCCUCCAGCGCGGCGAGAAGAUCGACGACCUCGUCGCCAAAAGCGACGGCCUGAGCGCCCAGAGCAAGAUGUUCUACACACAAGCAAAGAAGCAGAACUCGUGCUGUAUCGUCAUGUAAGGCCGUUAGGGACAUUUGUUGAUGCUGCUACUUGCUACCGCAUGGCUCCGUAUUAUAUCAAGGCGUCCGUUUGCUUGUCGGGGGGGAGUAUAAUAUCCUCUCCCUCCCGCGGCAUUCCGUGGUUGAUUUCUUUUGGAUCUCGUAGUCCUCUGCUUUUAUCUCCUCCCAUUUUCUUCCUUUUUUUUGAGCCGACUUUCCCAACAGACAAUCUUACCUAUAUAACGCGAACCGUGCCUUUGCCUGCCCCCUUCCUUCAAGCGCCUUGGCCCAUCUACGUAACAACCCUCAACACUAACAGCGCGCACCCCGAAAGCGUGCAUAAUAUGAUGCCCGGCUUACCCUGACCUGUCCGCGUGGCGGUGUUCGUCCCCUUUCCGCCCGGGCCCCCAAGCCAUGAACCUUG